ACUCGUAGGAAAUCUGAGCACAGCACUUGGAGCCGGUACGUUACAGUCGCGCCCGUCGGCCGUCGCACGAUUUGAUCCUCAGCCGCUCGCCGGCCGGCGCUUGCGGCGGUUAUAUCUCUAUAACCUCCUUCAAUUUCGCCUCAGUUCAUGGAGACUUCUUCCUCCAUCACGCUAUCCCUUCAUCUUCAUCUGUUCCCUCCAAAUCCUCUCGCCGCCGCUAAUACCAAUUCCGGCCACCAACUCUCCCGAACCAAAUCCUCGACACUGCCGUCGAACAUCAAAAUAGUUGCCAAUUUUCGAAACCAAGACCGUCCAGUUUUUGCCGAGAAAGAUGCUUUUCCCUCAUCUUUACCGCUUCACACCAAAAACCCACAUGCCAUCUACGAGGAUAUUCAAGGAUUUGCCCGGCGAAAUAAGCUCAAGGAGGCACUCACCAUUAUGGAUUAUUUGGAUCAACGAGGCAUCCCAGUUAAUGCGACUACAUUUUCUUCCCUUAUUACUGCUUGCGUUAGAACCAAAUCAUUGGGUGAUGCGAAACAGAUUCACGCUCAUAUUCGGAUAAAUGGGCUUGAAAACAAUGAAUUUCUGCGUACUAGACUUGUUCAUAUGUACUCUGCCUGUGGGUCUCUGGAAGAUGCACAGAAGCUGUUUGAUGAAAGUUCUAGCUCUAGCAAGAGUGUUUAUCCUUGGAAUGCGUUGCUUAGAGGAACUGUAAUGGCGGGUCGGCGGGAUUAUCGCAGCGUUCUCUCGACUUAUGCCGAAAUGAGAAGGGUGGGAGUUGAAUUGAACGUUUACUCUUUUGCUAAUAUCAUCAAGAGCUUUGCGGGUGCAUCGGCGCUUACCCAAGGGCUCAAGGCCCAUGCCCUUUUGAUUAAGAAUGGAUUGGUUGGGAGUUCAAUUCUUGGGACAAGUUUGAUUGAUAUGUACUUUAAAUGUGGUAAGAUUAAGCUUGGCCGCCAGGUGUUUGAGGAAAUUACUGAGAGAGAUGUUGUGGUUUGGGGAUCAAUGAUUGCUGGUUUUGCACAUAAUCGCCUCCAAAGGGAAGCUUUGGAAUAUACGAGAAAGAUGAUAGAUGCAGGCAUUAGGCCGAAUUCGGUCAUUCUGACCACUGUUCUUCCUGUUCUUGGAGAAGUUUGGGCGAGGAGAUUAGGCCAGGAAAUUCAUGCUUAUGUUAUAAAGACAAAAAGUUACUCAAAGCAGAUCUUUAUUCAGUCUGCUCUGAUUGAUAUGUAUUGCAAAUGUGGGGACAUCGGUUCGGGUAGAGCGGUUUUUUACGGAUCCAUGGAGAGGAAUGCUAUCUGUUGGACUGCUUUGAUGUCAGGUUAUGCUUUAAAUGGUAGGCUAGAGCAGGCUGUAAGAUCAGUUAUUUGGAUGCAGCAGGAGGGAUUUAGACCGGACGUUGUUACCGUUGCCACAAUCCUUCCAGUUUGUGCCGAAUUGAGGGCUUUGAAACCAGGGAAGGAGAUUCAUGCUUACGCUUUGAAGAAUUGCUUCCUCCCGAAUGUGUCUAUUGUUUCGUCCUUGAUGGUAAUGUACUCAAAAUGCGGAGUAAUGGACUAUUCUCUAAAGCUUUUUGAUGGCAUGGAACAAAGGAAUGUGAUCUUAUGGACAGCAAUGAUUGAUUCAUACAUAGAGAAUCAGCGUCUACACGAAGCAAUUGGUAUAUUCAGAGCAAUGCAACUAUCGAAGCACCGGCCCGAUACAGUUACCAUGGCGAGAAUUCUCUACAUAUGCAGUGAACUAAAAAGGUUGAAGCUGGGGAAGGAGAUACAUGGGCAAGUCUUGAAGAGAAACUUCGAGUCGGUCCAUUUUGUUUCUGCCGAACUUGUGAAGCUGUAUGGUAACUGUGGAGCAGUACAAACGGCAAAAACGGUGUUUGAGGCAAUCCCCGUGAAGGGGUCAAUGACAUGGACUGCCGUUAUUGAAGCUCAUGGAGACAAUGGAGAGUUUCAGGAAGCAGUUAAUCUCUUUGACCAAAUGAGAUCCUCUGGUAUCUCUCCAAACCAUUUUACUUUCAAAGUGGUUCUGUCUAUUUGUAACAAAGCUGGUUUUGUUGAUGAAGCACUGCGCAUCUUCAAGUUAAUGUUGGUUAGGUAUAAGAUUAAGCCAUCGGAAGAACAUUACUCGUUACUCGUUGCGGUCCUUACUCGGUUCGGUCGAUUGGAGGAGGCUAGAAGGUAUGUAGAAAUGAGGAGUUCUUCCUUGUCAUAAGUUUUUCUGUGUUUUUAGGUAUGAUUAGGGUUUGUGAUUUUUUGUAUUAUUUUUUUUCAAUUGCGUGAUAAUGUCCUGACAUCUAAGUUUCAUUGGGUGGCGCUUAUUUUUGGCUUCAGAAAUGAGUAUUCGAGGCAGGGGAUGAACAUCCUUGC